AUGUCCGACGUGUCCAAGGAAACGCUGAAGAAAGAGAUCGCCGCUCUCCUAAAAUCGGCAGAUUUGACAAAAACCUCUGCAAAGAAAAUUAGACAGGAACUUGAAAAAAAAUUAGACGCAGAUCUCGAUGAUCGGAAAAAGGAAAUAGACACAUUAGUAAUGGAAGCUAUUAAAAAAGCUAAAGCCACCAAAAAGAAUGGCAAAGGUGAUAGUGAUGAGGAGAAUGACGAUGACGAUGAUGAUGCAGAAAAUGAUGAUGAAGAUGAAGAGGAGGAAGAAGAAGAAGUGAAACCAGCCAAAAAAGCAGCAGCCCCUAAACGUAAGAAGGCUGAUAGCAGUGAUGAAAGUGCUGGAUCUGAUGAUGACGAUGGUGACAAAAAUGACGGAGACUAUAGCCCUAAAAAAGGUACCCCAUCUAAAAAGAAGGCCCCAGUGGCUAAACGGGGACGUAAGAAGAAGGAUGAUAGUGACAGUGAUGAAGACUGGAAAGGAGCCAAAAAAGGAGCAAAAAAAACUGGGGCCAAACGAGGAGGUAAUAGUGGUUACACAAAAUCAGUAGCACUUAGUCCUGAACUUGCUUCACUCAUGGGAUCUGAAGCUUUACCACGUCACGAAGUUGUUAAAAAAAUGUGGGCGAUCAUUAAAGAGAGAAAUCUUUAUGAUCCAUCUAACAAACAAUAUGCUAUUUGUGAUGACGAUUUGUUGAAAGUUAUUGGAGUUAAACGUUUCAGAACUUUUGGUAUGAUGAAGUUCUUAAAAAAUCAUUUUAUAUCAUAA